GAUUAUAGAUGAAAUUAAUGAUCUUGAGCAACAGAGCGAAUCUAUUGAAGAACGAAGAAAAUCACUGAAGAAACUUGAGCAAGAGGACCUGAGGAGAGAGAUGAAAUUAUCCAUGUAUGCUUCUGUCACUAGCAUUGUUCCAAGCCUGGACGAUCAGUCCAAAAUAUCUGGCCUCAAUUCAGAUAUUGUGGAGAGGGAGGAAAAAAGAGUAGAAAAGUUUGAACUCGAUCCGGUGAAGCAGACUACCUUUGAGACUUGCAAUGGCAUCUGGAAGAUGAUAAACUUGUGAUAAAUCUGAGUUGUUUCCACAUUUAAGUCGGUUUGCAGUUUAUAUAUUUAUGUUUUGGCUCGUUGCCCAGUAUGAAAACUUGAGCUCUUGGAAUCCUGAAGUUGGUACCCAUUUGGCUUGCAGCUAAUGGCUUGGUUUGAAAAUUCAGUUUCCUGGAACUUCGUUUGUUUUGCAGCUUCAUGACUUUAGUUUCAAAGCUCAAUGUCCUGCAUCUUUCUAUUACUAUUGUGUUUUCCUACAUUGGAAAAGCUGAGCCUGGAGACUUUUUGGUUCUUUUCCAGUGCUGUGUGCUGCAUCAUAUUUGAAGUGUUGUAUUUUUGCAAUGAAUGCAGAUCUGUGACUAUUGGUUUUGUCAAUCAGAUUGUUAACAUAAUUUGCAUUGUCUAAAAACAAUUAUCAUCCCUCUGUAGCAUUAUCUUUAUGAUAGAAAGAUGACUAAUUUAAUACAUUUGAAUUGUCUCUAUUCAAUUUUCUUUUCCAAAAGAACUAGUGUGCUUUGUGAUCUUUUGUGACAGAGGCCAGAAUGGGGCUUAUUGACUCGUGAGUAAGAUUUGUUUAUGAAUGUUCCAGCAACUAGGCUUCAGUUCCAAGUGAAGAAGCAAAAUACGUGUUUCACCAUUUGACCUACAAAAUGGGUGGAUAAAAUGAUCAAAGCUAUCUGUGCAGUAAAACGCAAGAUAUCAAGUUCACUUUCCUUCCAGAAUACUAUAUAUCAGGUUAUUAGUUCGAGAGAAGAUAUCUGGUUGCAGUUGUAUGCUUGGCCAUUGCGUGUUUGUAAACUGCUGCAGUUAGGAGAAGAUGAAUUAUAAAGUGGAAGAGAUGGAAACAGGAAAAAGCAAGAAGAAUGACUUGUACUGUUGGUAGCAGCUGGGAGUGUAGAGGCAGGGAUGCAAGAAUGCAAGAAUACAGAAGAAAAAGGAGUCUUGAGACAGAUAUGCUACAGAAGAAAGAAAAGAAAAGCCGAACUCAAACUGACAAGAUUGGAACUGAUGUAACUGAUUGCCAACAAAAAGUAGUAUUCAAAAAGUCAGGCAGAAUACAAGGGAAAAUGCUCUUCCAAAAGGACAAAUUCAUGGAUUGUUUUUGGUAUGGGCACAUUUUUCCCACCUUACUAGUGAGCUAAAAGGAACAUGGACACAUUUUUUGUAGUACCUUAACAUCCAUCGGAUGGGAUGAAUUCUCAUUUUAAGAUGACCUGUUGCCUGAAAGAAGCUAGAAACAUUUAUAGAUAAUGGAUGAGUAUGUACCCUUAGCAAGAAUUCAACUUCUUCUUAGAUCAGCUGCCUUGGCUUUAAUUGCUCUUUCUCCUUCACCUAGUAAUGUGGCAGCUAAGCCACAGUUUGCAGCUAUGUUUGUAUUUGGUGAUUCGUUAAUUGAUCCUGGAAACAACAAUGAUCUUAACUCUUUGGCAAAAGCGAAUUAUGCUCCUUAUGGCGUGGAUUUCAAUGGAGGAGUACCGACUGGCAGAUUUUGCAAUGGAAAAACCAUCAUAGAUUACUUGGGAGACUUGCUGGAACUUCCUUUACUUCCACCGUACACGAGUUCAUCUGUUAAUAGUGGAAACAUUCAUGGGGGAGUGAAUUAUGCCUCUGCUGCAGCAGGAAUUCUUGAGGAGACGGGACAAAAUCUUGGUGAAAGGUUCACCUUAAGUGGACAAGUCCAGAACUUCGACAACACCUUGAAUCAACUUAAGGGCCAAAUGAAUGAGCAGGAGUUGAGUCACUAUUUGGCCAGUUCCUUGGUUGUAAUGGUCCUUGGUAGUAAUGACUACAUAAACAACUAUCUACAACCUUCAUUUUACACCACAAGCUAUUUUUAUACUCCUGAGGACUAUGCUGAUCUUCUCAUUCAGCGUUACAGAAGGCAAAUAUUGGCGUUGCACAGUCUUGGAACGAGGAAGUUCUUUUUGGGUGGAAUUGGACCACUUGGCUGUAUUCCUAAUCAGCUGGCAACUGGUCUUUCUUCACCAGGGAAGUGUGUGUCCUUUGUGAAUGAUUAUGUUGGAAUGUUCAACGUGCGCCUAAGAUCUCUCGUUGAUCAGUUUAACAGAGAUUAUGAAGGGUCAAUCUUUGUUUAUGGCAACACUUUUGCAGCACUGGGUGAUAUAAUAAGAAACGCCUCUACUUAUGGUAUUACUGUCACUGAUAGAGGCUGUUGCGGUAUUGGAAGAAAUCAAGGGCAAAUAACUUGCUUGCCAUUUUCCAGUCCUUGCACUAAUAGGAAUCAGUACAUCUUCUGGGAUGCUUUCCAUCCAACAGCAAUUGUGAACCAAAUUCUUGCUAGCAAAGCUUACGGUGGAACACCUUCUGAUUGUUAUCCUAUGAAUGUGCAACAAAUGGCACAAAAAUAAUUUGUCAUUUGUUUAUGGUUUAUAAUAUGUGGAGGAGAUACUAUGCCGAUCAAGAAGAAUAAUUGCGUUAA